AUGGACAUUGUUCUCGAAGUCGUGGAUCACUACGUGGCGGAUCGCAUCUACGCGUGGGCCUUGCCAGUGCGUUCAUUGUCCUUUGAAGUCUACAGCGACAACGGUAAUUGCACGAUCGAGCGUACAUCGAACUGGGAGUAUAGGCCGAGCACGCAUCUGUUCUACCUCCAACCUGCGGAAGAAGCAUACGGAAGCAUCUGGUCACGAGACAACAUUUGGCGUCAGACGUUCACACUCUUCUUCUUAGGAUGGGUGUUUGCAAUGGUAAACUACUUCUUCUUCGCCACUCUCUCGUACGUAUUCGUCUUCGACAAGGCGACAUUCAAGCAUCCCAAGUAUCUCAAGAACCAAAUUCGCCAGGAAAUCAAGGAAGCACUAAUUGCCAUGCCUGGGAUCUCCGUCCCCACGUGCAUGGUCUUCCUGCUCGAGGUUCGUGGCUAUACUCGUCUAUACGGGCACACUGCAGAGGGCCCAGGGGCAUGGUACGACUACGCGCAGAUCUUUUUCUUCAUCCUCUUUACCGACGCGCUCAUCUACUGGAUCCAUCGCGGCCUGCACCAUCCCAGGAUAUACAAGUGGCUUCAUAAGGCGCAUCACAGGUGGAUCAUGCCGACGCCGUACGCGAGCUACGCUUUUCACCCGUUGGAUGGGUUUGCGCAGUCUGCGCCCUACCAUCUGUUUCCGAUGCUUUUCCCCAUGCACAAGUUCGUCUUCAUCACGGCGUUUAUGUUUGUGAACCUAUGGACGAUUAUGAUCCAUGAUGGCGAAUACAUCACUGACAACCCUGUCAUCAACGGUGCUGCCUGCCACUCAGCGCAUCAUCUUUACUUCAACUACAACUACGGUCAGUUCCUCACAUUCUGGGAUAGGCUCGGCGGCAGCUAUCGAAAACCAGACGGCGCGUGGUUCGACAAACAGACGAAAAUGUCAGAGAAGACCUGGCGGUCUGACGUCAAGGAGAUGGAGCGCCUCCAAAAGAUUGUGGAGGGCGAUGACUCGAGGGAGUAUUCGACGAUAGAAAAGAAGCUGCAGUGA